ACCGCCUUAAGGGUAAGGAACUACCGUGUACCUGGUAUCGUCCCCUUUGAUUUCUUCUUCAUCUCCGUGUUAUUUUUGUGUAUUUACACUCGCCUUUCCCUACCAUGGCCGACAACUUCACCAGAGACUACGAGCGAGACGAAGAAGAAGAAGAAGAAGAAUACGACGAAGAUGAAGAAGAAGAAGACGACGAAGGCGAAGACACACGAUCCGGUCCCGGCAGAUGCGCAGAAGGGAACCCUAAACACGACCCCCCACCAAAAUCUGCCAUACACAGCUGCCUCGCCCCCUUGCUGCAGACUGGGAGGUAUUCGGAUUUCUCUAUCCAAUGCGGGGGGAGGCAAUUUAACGUCCACCGGGCCAUCGUCUGCACCCAGUCGCCCUUUUUCGACGUGGCCUGUAGCCGCGGCCUCGACGGAAUUAACGACGGUGUAGUCCAUCUACCAGGCGAAGAUCCCGCCAUCCUGGAGAAGGUUCUGCAGUUCCUGUAUUCGGGAUACUAUUCCGACGACAAGUAUCCGGAAAACAUAUACACCGAGGCAGCCGCGGUACCCUGGCCCGAUCCGGCCGGCGACGGUCAUAAUGACGGUAGUGGCGCCCGUUACACGAGUGAGACCCUGCAAAACCCCGUCGGCUUGUUGACGUCCCUUCGUGUCUACCUUAUGGCUGCCAAAUUUGACAUGCCCGCACUCCAGAAACUCUCCCGCCGGCGAUUCGUUAGCACGGCGAGGGACCACUGGGACCACUAUGAACAGUUCCCCUCCCUGGUAGAGGAGCUCUUUGACCGGACCAUGCCGGGUGAUUCCCUACGAGAUUACGUGUGUAGUCUCAUCGCCAGCCAGUACUCCACCAACGCCAAAGUGAGGGCCAAGAUGAGACCGACAAUGGAAAGGUAUAAUGAGUUGUCGAUCGGCAUAUUAGAUCAGCUAGUAGCACAUCGUACGAAGUCGACGAGCGGGUAACCAUCGAGGGCUUCGGCGAGGGUCGGUCGGCAGACGUCGACGAGAAACUCUUCCAGUUGCUGCAGGUCGACGCGGACGUCGUGAAGUGUGAGAGUGGGGAGGU